GGGGCUAUGGGAGAGGCGUCGGGGUUACUGUUGACUAUUCUCCAUGCAAUGAAACAAUUAUUUUUGAUAGUAAGAUUCAGGUAAUGAUAUAUACAUCAGGUAUAUUAUCUUCAUGUCGAGUCAAUUGUAUCAGUACAGAUAGUCGAAGUUCCUGGUCAAGAGGCUUCCAGGCCACAAUAUGUGACCCCGCCUAACCCAUUGCACUCUUAAGGACCUGAAGAGAAUAACUCCCCAAACCCAGAAGGAAUAGGAUGUUGUAUGUAUUGAAUGUAUAUUUAAGGCACAACACCGUGAACUUAAAGCAACACGGAAAGGCAACCAAACUAGACUAGAAUAGAGAGACUGGUUGGACAGGCUCGACUGGGGAGGCCGUGCGGGAGUGAAGGGGAGGAGUGAUGUCCUUAUCUGAGGUGAGAGGCUGAGUUGGGGAACACAAGCAGAAAGAAGGGAGGAGGUGGAGAAGGCUUGGUCUGCAGAUGUUCAUGCUUCAUGUUGGAAUACGACUAAUGGGCUGAUCUCAACAACAGGCGGUCAUUGCGAUGCGCCCUGAAUACGAUACCCUGCAGCCCCUGUCAGAACCAUCUCGUUAAGCCCCCCCUCUCUCUGAUAGGAUGAGUGACCACGAGCAGCGCCCCCGCCCCCCCUCCCCGGGCCGCGCGCAGAACGUCAAGCCCCGCCCCGACGGCGGGAAGGGCGGCCGCCUGUCCCUGAGGGGGGUCCGCCGCUCGCUGAGCCUCGGCAGCGAGCGGGGGGUCUCCCACCGACGGACGAGGGAGCGUCACGAGGAGGGCCGCGGCCGGAGGAGGAGCGACGCCGAGGCCAGGCGCCGCCGCGACGCCGCCGCAGCGGGGCCGCCGCGCGGCCACAGGAAGGCCGCCGCGCAGCGGGAGCGGGGCGCUCCCGCGAGGGGCGACGCGAUGCCCCCCGCGCGGCACGACGACGGCGACGUGGCCGACACCGAGUGCGUCGUGUGCUUCUGCUCCUACGACAACGUCUUCAAGACGCCCAAGCUGCUGGCGUGCGGCCACACCUUCUGCCUGGAGUGCCUGGCCCGCAUCAACGUCUCCUCGGAGGUGCUCACCUCGCUCACCUGCCCCGUGUGCCGCGAGACCACCCGGCUCCCCCACGGCCGCGACCUGCCGCAGCUCGGCAACAACCUGGACGUGUUCCGCCGGCUGCCGCCCAACAUGCAGAAGGCGCUGUCGGUGCGCUUCAAGCGCAGCAAGGGGAAGCUCCUCCUCAGGAAGGCCGCCGGGCCCAGCGUCACGCUGCCCAGGAAGAAGAGGCCGGACGGGGAGGCGUCCUCGGCGCGCGGACCCCCGCCGAGCCUCUUCGAGCUGGAGGGCGCGGCGCCGGCGGCCACCAUGAUAGACGUGGGCCAGCCCCCCAGCAGGGUCAGAGGUCGCCUGCGGCAGAUGUUCCGCUCGGACCGCUGCUACAACGCGGUGAUGGCGUCCAUCGUCACCAUCACGGUGGCGUUGAUGCUGUUGGGGGUGCUGGCCUUCGUCAUCGUGCCCAGUAUAGUCGGACGCCCCAACAUGCCACCGCCUCAGAACCAAACUGGGACCACGGCGGCCGGAGGUCAGGGCCCCUGAUUCUGACCCCGAAGUAACAAACUCACAGGGACGUAGGACUGGUUCGAAAUCCUGCACUUCUUCUUUACAGUGUACAUCUUGCGCCCGAUAGUGCAUUACUUAUACCCAUAAUGCAAUGUAAAAUAAUUGUACAAAUUACUUGUAAGAAUUAUAUCCCAUGAUGCUGAGCGAAUUUUAAUCGUUGUUUAAUUCCUCCAAUAGAUAUUGUUGGUUUACGCCAAACAAACACAAUAAUAAAUGUUAUGAAACCGUUGAAAUCUAUACACUGUAUAAUCGGUGAGUUUGGCUUUACCAAGAUAAUAUAUUAACAUAAUAUAAUUUUUUUCACAUGGAAUAUUGCCUUUUCUACAUAUUUAAAAUUGAGCAGACGCAUUUAUGUUCAAUACUUGAUGUGUAUUACGAGAGUUAAAUAUAUAUUUUUAUUUCUUCUCAUUGACCUUCAAUGGUGGCGGGUCUUUUGCAUCCAACCGCCAAAAGUUCCCUAUGGGCUAGUUGUUUCCGCCAGAGUUUCACAAGCAGGCAUUCAUAGCUACAGCUUGUGUCUCCGAGUCAUGACGUGGCUCUUCGACAACAAUAAAUAUGCUGUCAAUACUGUUCAGCCUGCCACCGACCAAGAGUCCCGCUCAGACUCAGUUACAAACAUCAACAAGCAGCCUCAGGCAGGAUGAAAUUGAUUUUAAUCCGCAUGUCCUCUAUAACUUAAGUCGCACCUUACAGCCACACUGACAAUGUGGUGGAGUAUUUUAAAAGGUCUAAAUCUAGAGGUGAAUAAGAAGUAAAUAAUGAAAUGGAGGGUUAUGAAGGAUGGAAAACCUUGUAGAUAGCACAUGAAUUACUUUCAGAUUGAUUAUAUAUUUAUAGGUCGCACCUGUAACUUUCAAUAAAGCAAUGUUACAAAAUA